UCUUACUCGCAAGUUCCGAACUGAAUCUUUGGCGAUUGAAGUCAAUCGAACAUAGCAUCUGCUUCCUCUGGACUCGCAGAGAAGAAUCUGACUGUUAGAGGCGAUGGAAGGCCGUGACAGAGGCUGGAGGCUAGGGUUCUUGUUUGUGCUACUUUGUAUAAGCAACUCGAUCAGCAACACAAGUGCUUCGAUUCACGAGUACAGAAACGAAGCGUUUAGUCCGCAAUCGAAUUCCUUCUUCUUCCAUGGCGGCAGUGAGGGCCUCUACGCUUCUUCUUCUAAAUCUCACUCUUUGAAUGACACUUCUCCUGAUAAACCCCUCAAGGGAAAGUCCUUCAUUAGGUUUGAAAGUGUCACCUUUGUAAGAACCAAAGAAGCCGCGAGUAAGCCAAAUGAAAUGCAGCAGAGUACCGGAUUGAUUGAAGCCAUAAUACUUGAGGUGAAAGACAGGGAAAGGAUUGGGGGCUCCUUCCUAGGAUCUGAUGUUAUAUGUUGCACACAAAGUCUUGUUGAGCGAGGGUCCUGCAAAACUGGAGAGGUAAUCAUUCACAAAAACUCAGAUAACCCCAACUGGCCUAAGCGAAUCAAAACCAAUUUUGAAGGGAAAAAUUUGGAAGCUCAGAUGGAUCCAGAAAUGGUUGAGAUAAAUAGUACUGGGAUGUACUAUCUCUAUUUCAUGUUUUGUGAUCCAACACUCAAGGGCACAAUAAUCAAGGGACGGACUGUAUGGAAGAACCCAAAUGGCUACUUACCUGGGAAGAUGGCUCCUUUGAUGGCAUUCUUUGGCUUCAUGUCUUUGGCUUACCUUGUACUUGGGCUAACCUGGUUUGUAAGGUUUGUUCAGUUCUGGAAGGAUAUUAUACAGUUGCACUACCACAUCACGGCAGUUAUUGCCCUUGGAAUGUGUGAAAUGGCUGUAUGGUACUUUGAGUAUGCAAAUUUUAAUGCAACGGGAAUCAGACCGAUGGGCAUCACUUUGUGGGCAGUAACAUUCACCACUGUUAAGAAGACUCUGUCACGUCUUCUACUUUUGGUGGUCUCAAUGGGCUUUGGUGUGGUUAAGCCAACACUUGGUGGGAUAACAUCAAAAGUACUUCUUCUUGGUUUGAUAUACUUUAUUGCAUCAGAGGCACUUGAACUCGUCGAAAAUCUGGGGAAUGUAAAUGACUUUUCUGGAAAAACAAAGUUGUUCUUGGUGCUACCAGUUGCAUUUCUGGAUGCCAGCUUUAUUUUAUGGAUUUUCUCAUCACUGUCAAAGACUUUAGAGAAACUUCAGAUAAGGAGAAAUAUGGCCAAACUGGAACUAUAUCGAAAAUUUACGAACUCGCUUGCAGUGUCGGUACUGCUCUCUAUCGCCUGGAUUGGCUUUGAGCUAUACUUUAAUGCAACUGAUCCAUUAAGUGAGCUGUGGCAAAUCGCUUGGAUAAUUCCUGCUUUCUGGACCCUGCUUGCAUACGCUCUCCUGGUGGUGAUAUGUGUUCUAUGGGCUCCUUCACGUAACCCAACGAGAUACGCGUAUAUGGAGGAGAUGGGAGAGGACUUUGACGAGGAGGGGAUCUCAUUGACAACUGGGGAAGUGGCAAGUAAGCUGGAAAGGAAAGAAAGGAAGGCAUCUAGUACAACAGACAUUUAUGGGCUCGUAGAAGAUGUUGAAGAGGAUAAGAGAGAGUAGUUGAUUCUCUCCUUAUGAAGGUGAUUCUGGCUUGAAGCCUCUGCUUCAUAUCCCGCCCCGCUAUGUCUGUAAAUCUCCCUGAGCAAUAAAUUGCUUGUACAAAUGACUUGCUAAUGAAAUCUAACGAGACUGUGUGGGAAAAGAGGAGUAUGAUAUGUAGAAUUCUACAUCUGAAUUAUUGGGUGGGUAGUGAACCCAAAUUUACUGAUGCUGAUGUUAUUACUACUGACAGACUUUUUAGGUGUGGAAAGUUUUCUAAUUUUCGUAGUCU